AUGGACAGCGGUUUGGAUAAGCAGCUGCCGGACUCACCUGCCUCCGCCACCACCUCUCGUGCUUCUCGCACCACCCCCUCCUCUCCUCCCUUUUACGGAGCUGGCAGUCUCCGUCGCUACACCACGCGCCGUGAUUCGCGUGCCUCCAUCAACACCAGCCCUGCCUCCCACCGCGAUCGCAACCUCAGCGAUGUCUCACCGCCUGCCGACUCUCGCCAUCAGUUCAACCCUCGCCGCGACAGCGUGGACCUCGCGGAGCUCGCCUCGAGACUGAAGGCUCUGGAGGAGACUGUGGAGGCGCACUCCCAGUCCCAGAGGCGCCCUAUUGACAGAGUUGGCCGCCUCGAAGGCGCUCUGAGAGUGAGAGAGGAGGUCGACUGCCUCCAAGGUCACCUCGCCGACGUCGCCUCGUGGAAGGAAGGGGAGCUGGUCUCGCACGUGAGGUGGUUCCAGCAGCGCUUCGAGGCGCUGCGCGUCCACGUGGAAGAGGUGUUUGCUGUCAGGGACCGUGAGCGGCACGAGCUGCUCAUAGAGAACGAUCGCAUGAGCCGCCGCAUGGAUGCGGCCGCCAUCGACUUGAGCCUGAUGGCGGGGGAGCACCAGCUCCUGAAGGACCGAGUUGGGAGGCUGUCCCGGUCCAUCGGCCGUCUCUCAGUGGCCCUCCAGGUCCCGGCGAAUGAGUUCCCGGAGGAACCCGUCACCGAUGGCGAUGACUCCGAAUGA